AUGUGCACCCCUCUUUGCAUGCAGCGUCUGCUGGCUCGUUUGGAUGACCGGCUGUCGGAAAUACAGGACACGAUGGCAGGCGCGCCUAAAAUGGAUUCAGGUACUGCGAGAGAACGUGACGUGGACGAGCACUUGUCUCUAAUGUCAAACUCGUCAGUGGAUCAUAUGCUAAAAGUUGGAAGUCGCUCGUCACCUUCGAGGUUGACUGUCCCGUCAACCAACUACCGCAGUGACCGAAAGGUGUUAUGCAAGCCGAACGUGAUACCACUUCCUAAAUCUUCGGUACGCGGUUUCGCUCGUUCCACCAAGCUUGUCAAAACUACAGAUGCUCCGGACAAGUCACACUCUCCUCUUCGAAACGAAGCUACUUGCCAAUGUGAUGGUGACCCAGCCCUGACAGAACUCGCUGCUCAGAUAUCAUCUGACCAAGCGGUACUCAAUGCCAAACUUGUUGAAAUGGACGAACGAAAAGUUUCGGGAGACCUGGAACUGAAGUCCCUGGCGAUGGAGCUACGCGACCUGCAAAUCGAGCUACGGUCCCAACUAACGGAGCUGCAACGACAUUUACCUUCUGUUGCCGAGGAAAACACACCUGAGCCAGUUACCUCCGAGCCAACUGCUGUUGCGCCUUCGCACGGACAACCGGUCGUUGGUAUCGGCUCAUUGCUACCCAGUCUCCGCACCGUGAUGGAUCAUGCAUUGCAGAAGUUCGUCCCACCACACGGUGACCUGCCAAAUGCAUUUGGUCCGUCCGAUAUACUCCCCAAGGCUGCUUCCGUUUUGGCCUCAGUUACGAAACGACGUGCCAACCUGGAAAAUAACCUGGCCACGUUAGAACGUUCGCAACAGGAGCGGUCUUUAUUCGCCCUGUUUGAACAAAUACACACAGACCCAAACUCGGCGUACAUAGCACGUGCUCAAGCCAUGGUCACGGAAGCGAUAGCAAAUGCGUCACGGACAAAACAGGUGAAGACCGUUACUAAACAACCACCUGUUGUUUCGCGACUCUGUCGUCUUGGUGACAAGAAGUCACGCCAAGCUCCUAAUCGCACUCCGACUCCGAACGAACCAAUCAGUUUCACUGAUCUGCUGCCCGGCUUCCCUACGCUGCCAACGGUCCGUCGUUCCAUGUCUCCGGAAAUCCAAUCAGUACCGUGGCGCCUGAAUCGUCGUCGUUCCCAACGGCAGCUAUAUCCACGUUUGGUGAACGAUCCAGUGCUUUCGCGUAGAGCUGCGUUACGUUUUAGCAAUGAAGAUGAUGCGCCUGGCAUCCAACCGCCUCGUUCUUCGUCCGCCCCCUUAACGAAAAUAGUACGCUUUCACAUGGACAACGCGGGUGUGACCGGACAGCAGGUUCGAAUACCUCAUUCUGCUGGACCGGUGGGGACUUCCCCUGUCAGAAUUAUGUUGUUGGGACAGCGACAGUACUCUGGUCAACCCGCUGAACCAAACAAGAUCACUGCAAUGACCCAGACAACUCCGCUUACGAAACCCACCGCGAUCACCCACGACAUCUCGACCCAUGCUUUGGAAACCAGUGAUAAGAUGGUUGAAAUCGCCGGCUCCCCUUCGCACGUCUUAUCAUCGAGGUCAGUUCAGACUGAACUGAAGCACCCGCUUCUUUCUGAACCAGCGGGAUUGAGCGAAGUCCCAACGCUGGGCGCGGCUCAUCUUUUUGAAAGAGGCUCUGGAAUGCAGUACGAAAAACAGUCUGAUUUUUCACACAAUGUCCUGACCACUGGGGCAUUUCCAGCCCCACAUCGCCCUGAUGCGGAGGGUGAGAUAUUUUCCCGUCUGUUGUUACAACUAGCUGGACAGAUGGCCCAGCAAAACCAAACGACUGCUGCGGCUCGCCCACCAUACCCAAUACCUUCACAUUCUCAUCUCCGUGAACUCGUUGAGGAGGCUCUGUUGGAGCACAUUGCGCCAAUGCUACCCUGUUCGCCAGCAUCCAGCCCUGAGCAUCCACCAGUUCGCCUACCUACUCCAUUCUCGUCUCCCGAGCGAUUAUCUGUCGAUCGGAGCGGCUUAGAUCAGCCCCUAACUCAUAGUCUGGUCAGCUCAAGCCCAACUCGCGCCCAGCCAACCAUAUUCGACGUGGGAGUGGGACACUCGUCACGCGCUUCCGCGAUCACACCCAUCCCUGAGGAUCAUGUGCCCGGCACAGGACGGUACAGCGAUGACCAUCGUCCUCCAUGUCAUGAUAUUCCGACUCCGUAUCCCUCGCUUCCAGGGUCCGAAAUGUACCCACCUGCGACCCCGCCAAUGAGUUCCUAUUCACCCAAUCCCGCCCCUUCACGAUUGCCAGUGCCACGUUCAGUGCAAACCUCACCCACAUCCCCCGCACCGAUUCGUUCGGUAUCUCCGGCCAGCCUACCUUUGGGCAGUCACUCCACCGAAUAUACUCCUCUCACCAAUGGUGUUCCAUCGCCUGUUGAAACCAACGGUGUAAGCUCGUUCUCCAGUGAACCGUUCAGUUCGACCGUGCCGAACACUUUGAGCGAAGGAGCCUGGCUUCUUGACCGAUCUGAAGGGGAGGCCCCCUCUCCUUUACCGUACGCACUGGCUCGAAAGACGGCGCAAUUAGUGGGACCGAUAUCGCCAGUGAGCUUGUCCGAGCUUUCGAGGGAUGAUCUCAAGCACGACACAUUAACAAACGCUAGCGAAAUCACUGAGGAUGACCAACAUUUGUCGAAGAGGCGACUGAGCGCAGGAGAACUGUCUUUGAUCAAACGACAACGUGAGGAUCGCCACUCAGCUCGGGAUCCGCUAAAGAACCCAGUGUUACACGUAGUCGCGCUGCAACAAUCCAGUUACUUCGAUACCACAAAAUUACCAACUCGAGACAAGAACGCGGUGGCAGCCGCUUUGACUGUGCUCAAGAAACGGCGACCACAACCGAAGCAGUCGCUAAACCCAUUACCUCAUGAUGUGUCCAACGACGACUCUUCUCCCUCUACCCAUCACACUUCUAGUGCCGACCAAGCGAUAACAGGUCGGCCCAUGCAACAAGAGAAGACACACGAAUCGGUCAGGCUUGAGUGGUUGCAAGGACUGGCGAGCAUUUCCCAACUUAGUGAGAGAUCUCAAAAAUCUGGGAAAGCAAAACACCAUUCAUCUGGUGAACCAGAAGGGAAACAUCCUGUCUUUUGUGCUGAACAAGCGAAGUCUCAGACGCAUGAAUCGGAUGCCACUAGUAUUGAGGAAGAAGCCUAUGCCGAUGACUACGAGGUUGCAGCCAGCGAAUGUUCCGCAGAACUAAAUCCAACAGCAGUGGUCUCAGCCGCCGUGUCACCAGUCGUCUCUUCUCGUUACCACGACACACGUCCCCUUGGUCAGACCAUUACUCUCGAUAGUGACGAUGAUUCAAAUGAGUUUGAGCGUCCCUGAAUGCCCCAACUUUGUUGACUGUGUCGAACUCCGUUUGUAGUUUGCGAUGCAAAUAAUCGAUCUUUCUGUAUCCCAUGUAUUCACCAUCGAUUGUACAACAUUUCUCCAUCAGUGGUGAUCUUCAAAUGCUGUGGUCGCAUUAUGGUGGAUGUAAAACAACAUGCGAAUGGAAUUACAUCACGCGUUGC